AUGGAACCUAACGAAAGGCAGCAGCACCACCACCACCAAGACCAUCUCACUUCUCCUUACUACCUUCCUUUCCAUCACCACAACCACAUUCCGACCACCGUCUCCGCCGCCACUUCCGCCGAAAACUCGAUUCCUUCCUCCAACAAUGGGAAUUUGCAACCUCCCAACGAUGUCUCGUCCGCCGUUUACCCUCACUCGGUUCCGUCUUCGGCUGUGACGGUUCCGAUUGAUCCCGUCAAGCGAAAGAGAGGUCGUCCAAGGAAGUACGAUACGCCUGCACAAGCUUUAGCCGCUAAGAAAUUGGCAUCUUCUGCUAGCAAUUCCUCCGCCAGAGAGAGGAGAGAGCAAGCCGCCGCUGCUGCUGCUGCCUCCGGCGCUUCCCCUUCCGGUUCCAGAAAAUCCCUUUUGGGCUCUGUCGGGAAAACUGGGCAAAGCUUUACUCCGCACAUUGUUAAUAUAACUCCUGGUGAGGAUGUGGCCCAGAAAAUUAUCCUUUUCGCUGAGCAAAGCAAGCAUGAUUUAUGCAUUCUUUCUGCAUCGGGCACCAUCUCUAAUGCAUCCUUGUCCCACCUGGCAUCAGGAACCAGUGCAUCUUACGAGGGUCAGUAUGAAAUCCUCUCACUGAGUGGAUCUUAUAUUCGGGGUGAGCACGGUGGUAAAACUGGUGGCCUUAGCGUUUGUUUAUCUAGUUCAGAUGGUGAGAUCUUUGGUGGAGGAGUUGGGGGACUUCUACAGGCUGCUGGUCCAGUUCAGGUGAUUCUUGGUACAUUUAAGGUAGAGAGAAAAAAGGAUGGAAGAAAUGGUGUGAAAGGAGAUGACGCUUCGGGCAGCGGAAACAUGUUGCCUUCUCCUCCCGGCACAGAAUCUUUGCUUGGCUUCCAUUCUGGAAUGGAAUCUUCCAGAAGAAACCCAAACAAUGAACAUCAUGCUAUUAGUAGUAGUGCAUUGGGUAGUGGAGCUCAUUUCAUGAUGCAACCACCUCAAGGCAUGCACAUGACACAUGCCCGGCCUUCUGAAUGGGGCGGUGCUGGGUAUGAUUUGUCAGGACUCAGAGGAAAUGGGUCAUCAGAAAAUGGAGAUUACGAGUAA